ACCAAAAUAAACUUGUACCACAAAAAAAGAAAAGAAAAAGUUACUUCUUAAAACUUCAUCUUCCUUCUCACUUUUGUCAUUCUUCCCCAAACUUAGGAAGAUUCAUGGCUUCCCUCUUUCCAAAAACCUCAUACCACACUAAUAAUACUCAACCCAGCAACAAAAACUGGGUUUUAUUCCCAAUUUUCAGAACCUCAAUUUUAUCUCUACCACCCCAUUUCCCUUCUUCAAUCAAUCAUAGUUUCACUUCCCCAAUUCAUCUCUACCGUCCAUUUCAUGGGUCCACUUUAAACCCCAACCGUUCGAUUCUCCGGUCUAGCCUGGUCCCACCUCCUCCUCCUGGAAAGGAAACUCAGCGUUUCACUGGUACAGUAGCAAAUAUUUCUAGGCUAUGGGACACGGUGCAGAUACUUUUUGCAGUAUUUUUCUGGAUGUCUCUGUUCUUUUGGGCAUCUGCUACGGAUAGAACGAAACGAGGAAGAGGAAACAAGAAAGACCGCUUUAGAAAGUGACUGUGUAAGCAAUUUUGUGUACAUAGUCUUAGCUUAGAAUAGCAUUAUAUAUCUAUUUAUACUUUGUACACUCAUGUUGGUUCUUCUGUGUACCCUGCCUGCAUUGUUCUGUUAGUAUAGUGAAGAUGUAAAAUUAUGGAUUUAUAGUGUUGUUAUAAUGAAAUAGAAAGUUUUCUUGCUCUUAGAUUAUGGAUUUCAGCUGAUAUGAAAAUACAAGUAAUGAGUUUAUUUUCAAUCUCCAA